CCAAUCAGAUUUGUCUUCACGCGAUUGCGAUUCAGCCUACACAUAUCAUGCACGGCACGCACACUCAGCCAGACAUCCUCAAAUGACAAGUUAUUGAGUGGUGUGUGUAGACUACAGAGCCGGUGUAACAUAGUAGCCUAUCUUAAGAAUUCUAUGAACUCUACGUGGACCGUAACGCACCCCGCAGCCCCUGCCGAAAAUAUCGUCCUGUUAGUCUGAUCAAUGGAAGUAUUGGAUCUUGACUUGACUGUGGCCUGAAGUGGAAGGGAUCAGUUUUAACUGUCACUAAUCCUAUAAAUUACUUUCAUCCUCUCCGGCUGCCAAUUUGAUGCGCAGGCUGGCCCCAGAUCAAAAAAGUGGGGAGAUCGUGGAAACACAUGAACGCUACACUGCUACCACUGUCAUGACAUCUCGUGGCUCCGUGGAGGUGGUGAUCUUUGCUGUACGUCAGCGGGGUUGACGCUGCGACCGAGGCCCAGAGGUUGGAGCUAGAGGCCUUGACCCGUGGCUGAGGCCGGUCGGCCGCAAUGAGGGUACAUGUGGUGUUGCUCGUGCUGCUGUGCAGCUUGCAGGGCCUGUUCUUUCAGAGAUCCACAGCAGACGAGGAAGUCAGUGGUGAGGCGGAAUGGCUGCCCCAGCCCAAGCCCUGGGAGGACACGUACUGGUCUGGGACCGCCCCCCUGUGCCUCGGAGGCUGCAGGGGGCGCCACCAAGAGCUGAAGAGCGACCGCUGUGGGGACUCCAGCUGCUGCUGGGUGGGGUCCAAGUCCCUCUGCAGAGUGAACUGCGGCAGACCGGACGUGGACUACAACGGCGUGGUGACCGGUGACGACUGGUGGGUGGGCUCGCUGGUGAGGUACGAGUGCCGUGCCGGCUUCCUGCUGCUCGGAGACCCCACCAGAGUGUGCCAGUCCGACGGCCGUUGGACCCCAAAACCCUUCUGCGUGCGGAUGUGUCAGCGGGGACGCGUGGAGGUCAACGAGAGGGAGCUGAGCGGAAACUGCUCCACCACCUGCGCCAACAAGAGCUACUUUGGAAACCCCAAGCUAGGCUGUAGCCAUCUUGACAACUGUCAGAACAAGGAUACCGGCUGGAAGCGCUUCUUCUCCCAGUGUGUCCCCUGCGUCUGCGACUGCUCCAUAUCCUGUACAAACGCAGUCAAACUGGAGAGGAAGAGAAACUGAGAUUACUGUCCCUUCCUGUCUUCUCUUCUUCUUUUUCACCAAUCAUCUCCUUCCCUUUGUCUCAGGUGAAAAUCAAAAUGAACUGACAUCAAUGAAGGUUUUGAACAAACUUAUUUAAUUGAUUUGUGGUCUGAAUUGUUUAGGUUGAAUAAGAACAUAUAUGAAAUUAAUAAUUGACAAUCAAAACAUGAAUCUUAGAUAUAAUCUGUAGGAUAGCUUUGAUGGACUGACAUCCCUUUCGGAUUCUACCAGUUCUAUGCAUGCAAACAAUAUAUUUAAUAAAAGCAAUAGUGUCAUAUAAUAAAUGCUAGUAAUUAGGAACAUUUUACUAAGAAGAAACUCAUAAAACAUAAUUGACACUAUGAGAGAUUUGCAGAUGUGUAGAUAUUUAUUAUUCUGCUGUGAGACAGACAUUUCUUGCUUUUUUAUUAUUAUUAUUCUGAUGUUAGAUAUGUUUUAGAUAUUCAAAAGACAAUUAAAUGACGUCAUGUUUA